AUGGCAACGUUACAAAAACCUGUUAAUUACGAUGUGUAUCUGCUCUCCAGAGAGAUGUACGACUUUAGCUGUUUUCUUCGAAUAAUCGAUGCCCUGCACUUAUGCGGCAAAACAACAAUCUGUCAGAUAUUCGCGAAGUUACAUGGAAAGACGUUGCAUUGCGUCAACUGCCACCAAUACACUGAAGCGGCGGACUUCCUGGGUGGCCUGAGACCGGUGCGCACCUUUCACUCGGAAGGCGAUAAUGGCACUGACAAUGAAAAUCGCCUUUUUGAGUGGGUCGAUGGACCUCUGGUCGUUGCAAUGGUGCAGGGUGAAUGCUUCCUCCUUGACGAGAUCUCACUCGCCGACGACGCCGUUCUCGAACGCCUCAAUAGCCUUCUUGAACCGGACCGACAGCUCUGUCUAGCCGAGCGCUGUGGAGGCGGUGGGGCCUUGUCCUCCAGUGACGAAAUCACUGCAGCACCCGACUUUCGUCUGUUUGCUACUAUGAAUCCAGGUGGAGACUAUGCAAAGAAGGAACUUUCACCUGCUCUUCGAAAUCGUUUCACUGAGAUCUGGUGCCCUUCGCCUGCUUUCAUCUUUAAAAACACUUCGAAACCUAGCUCAGAAAUGGAGCAGAGAAUGGAAAAGGAUGACUGGCGAUCCAUUGCACUCCACAAUCUUCGUCGAAGUUAUCUUUCCAUUCUUGCACCUUCUCUUGAGCCUUUGGCAGCGGCUGUGGUGGACUUCUGUUGGUGGUUUGCACGAGGCUGUAGUGAAGCGGUAUGUGGAAUGGAUCAAAAGACCAUGUGGUGCAGGAGACCCCCUCCAACGAUUCGUGAUCUCCUGGCGUGGGUUGAGUUCAUGCAAAAUCUUGUUAACUCAAGGAAUGACCUUUCUCGGGCGAGUGUUUUCAACGCUUGUCUCCAUGGGGCGGCUUUGAUAUUUUUGGACUCGUUGGAUGAUUAUCCUGACUUAGAGAUGGAAAAGUAUCUCUUUCUGGAGCCUAAUUCUGCUCAAGACAUUACCAAUGAGUGGUUCGGAUUCAGCUCUGUGGGAGGCAUAAACUAUCUACUGCACUCUCUUCUGGUACACUUCGGUGCGAACCAGGAAGAAGGUGACUCGAGCAGUAGACUUAUGCUGGAUAUUUCACAGGCGGUGGUGGAGUUCGUCACAAGCCUAAAUCUCCAACCUGGCCAGUGUGUGCCGGAGUUGAGGGAUUCAAACGAGCGUUACGGUUGCCAGCCUUUCUUCAUUGAAACAGGUUGGCUGUUGCUUCUGAUUUUGUACUGUGUUCUUGAUUAA